UGAAAAGAAAAUCUUACUUCAAUGGAUCAAGAGUCUUAAGUUUCCCGAUGGGUACAUGUCAAAUAUUAGCAGAUGCGUUGAUUUGAACGCUCUGAAGAUGCAUAACAUGAAAAGCCACGACUGUCACGUGUUCAUGCAAUUACUACUACCUGUAGCCUUUAAAGAACUUCUUCCUAAGAAUGUUUGGGAGGCAAUUACAGAGUUAAGUUGUUUCUUUAGAGAAUUAACAGCCCGCAAUAUCUCAAUACAUGAUAUGGGAAUACUCAAUGAGAAGAUAUCAGUUACUCUAUGCAAACUUGAGCGUAUCUUCCCCCCGAGUUUCUUUGAUUCAAUGGAGCACCUACCAGUUCAUUUGGCAGAUGAAGCACGAUUGGCUGGUCCAGUGCAGUAUCGGUGGAUGUAUCCUUUUGAACGAUAUUUGAGGACAUUGAAAAAUCAUAUCAGAAACAAAGCCCAGGUUGAAGCAUCCAUCAGCAAUGCAUAUAUACUAGAGGAAAUGUCCACCUUCUCUUCAUAUUACUUUGAGGAUCAUGUGACUACAAAGUGGAGAAAUUUGCCUCGCAAUAUUGAAGAGUCUGUUGAAGACAGUGAUGAUCCUAAUCAACUCUUAAUCUUCAAACCAGUUGGACGUCCGAUUGGGCGAAUGACAAAGAGAUACAUGGAUCCUAAAGAAUACAUGGCUGCGCAUAUGUAUAUUUUGAGCAAUUGUGCGGAGGUUGCAAACACAUAUAUCAAGAUCUUCGAGGACGAAAUGCGCUACGUAAAUCCUUCACUAACCGAAGCCGAGUUAGAGAGUGCUUUCGACAAGGAUUUUAUGUUGUGGUUUGGCCAUUAUGUGAUUCGCCCUUCUAACAAUGAUUUGAACCCGUAUAUCAAGUCGCUUGCAGCCGGGCCUUUAACUGAGAUUGAGACAUACUCCGGGUAUUUUGUGAAUGGCUAUAGAUUUCACACGACUGAUCUUGAUGGAGAGCGCGCAACUGUGAACAGUGGCGUGUGCAUAAAAGGCUCGGUCUAUGGUAGAGAUGUGCAAGACUUUUAUGGGCGUCUACAAGAGGUGUGUGUGCUGGAGUAUGGGGGGUAUCCAAUUAAGAAGACAGCCUUGUUCAAAUGUGAAUGGUUUGACUUGUCUGCUCGGGGAACUUCUAUUGAUACAAACUUCAAGUUGGUAUCAGUGAACCAGACAAGAAAAUAUCAGAAGUAUGAUCCAUUUGUUUUAGCGAGUCAGGCGGUUCAAGUGUUUUACUGUCCCUAUCCCAGUACGAACCAAGCAAAGAAAAACUGGUUGUCAGCAUGCAAAGUCAACGCAAGAUCAAAGGUUGAAGUCUCCACUGCUGCAUCUAACUCAACAUUAGAUCAACCGUUUCAAGAAGAGGUUGUUACUAUUACGUCUACCCACACAACUGUGGACAUUGACCCACCAAUUCUUGUUCAUCCCCUUGGUGGAAUCGUUGACAUUGAAGAUGACGAUGACCCAGAAGACGACGACCAACCAUUGACAUCUGAUGACGACGCCAGUAAUGAUGAUGACAGUUGUGUCUAUACUUAUUUGAAUCAAUUUGAAAUAGGUACCAUGUCUCAUCGUAGAGGAUUGUUGGGGUUUGGUAGUCGGUCUUCUGGGCCUGAGGCACAGUCCUCCUCAGGCUAUGGGCCGUAUAUUUCCGCUACUCCAGAGUCUGGUUCCCCUCCACAGAGCGCUGCUGCAUCUGGGUCUAGAAGGCCCAAAGGCAAAUCAGUGGCGCAGAUUAGGGCUGAGUGUGUUAGGCGCGACGGGAGGAUCCUCUUUCAGAGGAAUACUGUUGGUAAGUUGAUCGAGCCCCCGGGGAUCUCCACCUGCUGCACGAACUCGUUUAAGAGGAUUCCGAACCCAGGCGGGUACACGUGGAAGUUAACUCCGCCAACGGUGCAGGAGUUGUAUUUUGAGGAAUUCAAGAAAGAGUUUACUUGGAACCCUGAGGAUGAGGCUGAUGUGAAAAAAAUGUGGUUAGAAAAGGCCCGCAAAAGGUACAGUGACAACAUGAGCGAGUAUAAGAGACUGCUCAAGCAGAAGACCGAGGCAGGGGAGAUGAUGGAGACACCGCUGGGCAUGUCCGACACCUUUUGGAUGGGACUCAAGGCGUACUGGGAUCAAGAUGAGGUUAAGGCCGUUUCUAGGCGCGCACGUGAGAACCGAUACUCUGAGCCAGAUGGAGUUGGUACAGGGAUCAGUCGGCACGUUGGAGGGUCUCAGUCGAGUCGUAUUCUGCAGUAG